AUGCGUCACGUACUUUGCCUUUCGAUCUACGUCAACGAAGACCAAAACGAUGGCUCACUAGCUGCCUUGAACAAUAAUUUCAACCAGGUUCCGGAGUUGCUCGCGGACCAUGGAGAGCCCCAAAGAUCGAGACCAAAGGCUCUCGGCGGAGGAUAUCUUACGACAGCGGCUUACCCGGUCCGCUUGAGUUUGGGGAAGGUUUUAGCCAACGAGACCUGUUCACCAUUGUCUUUGUAUGACUUUUACAUAUACCUCAAGUACAUCGAACUGUCCCCUGAAAACCUGGAGUUCUACGUCUGGUUUCGCAACUAUGAAUCCGCCUACGCCAAGAUAGGAAGCCUCAACAACUUCCCUGUAGCCGAGAAGGAAAGCGAUGCAUCAUCAUCCCGGGACAGUGCCAUCGACAGCGCGAUGGAUUCCAUCGAGCACAAGCUCCCAUCACUAACGAUGCCAGGGUUAAAAUGCGAUCCUGAAGCAGCCAAUGAGAUUAUGACUAAUAUCGUCCAGCUCAUCGCUCACGAAGGCGCCUGCAGGCCAAACAGCAAGGUUGGGCUCAAUGGUCGCGGCUGCAUCAAGUCGUGGGCCAACGCUUACACCAAGCCGAUCUGCUUGAACAACGUCGCCAAUGUCGUCCCUGUCCACAUCGCGCCCAACUCCGCCUACCAAGUCGAGCACAACGCCGUCAUCAAGACCUUCCUCCUGACUGGCUCCGAGAAGGAACUUAAUAUUCCGCCCGCACUCCGUGACCAGGCUGUUCUCGACCUCCAACAUUUUUCCGACCCUGCGCAUCUCCGCCCCAUCGCUCAGCAUGUUUACGGUCUCCUUAAGAACUGCUCGCACCGUAACUUCGUCAGACUCAGUGUCUCCAAUGGUACCUUUGAGACUUUGUGCAUGGCGACAAGCAUGGGUAUUGUUCUGACCGUCGCUGGUUUCCUCUGGUCUGGCUUGAUGAAGUUUGUCUCCCGGAUGAUGAUUUUCGAUCGCAAGAUUCGUGUCAAGGACGUCCACCUGAGGAGGUUGCAACACAAGAUCGUCACCCAAGCCAUGGUAGGUGGUGCCAUCUUCGCCAGUCUGUGCAGCUUACUGUUUGUAAUGCUGCCUCUGUGGUCACAGAAGUCGCUGGCGUAG